AUGGCGGAUUGCAACAGAGGAGAAGACUAUGAGGCGUCAACAGUCGUCCAGAAAUAUGGAGGACUUGCGCCAAAGAAGAAGCCUUUAAUUUCGAAGGAUCAUGAACGUGCCUUCUUUGAUUCAGCAGAUUGGGCACUAUGCAAGCAAGGUGCAGGGGUGAAUCCAAAAUCAACAGCAGCCGUGGAGACCUUACGGCCAAAACUGCAGAGAACGCCACACCAGCAGCUCCCUCCAAGGAGACCUGCCUGGAGCAUACAGACUCAUUGA